AUGUGUCGCUGUCUGAGUCUGUGUGUGGCAGUGCAGCUUGCUCGAGUGCAGAAUGUUGUUCAAGCACUCAAGUCAGCCCGAUCGACUGGAAUGCCACCAAGGACGUCUUAUUACUUCGACUAUGAAAGCGAUGAUGUCGACUCAUGGGAAUGCCGAAUGCGGUGUGAACGCUGCGUGGUCACCAAGAUCGAUGGUCGACGCUGCACCCGCACGACCUGUAUUGGGGUCAAGUAUUGCUACUCCCAUCUGGCGACGGUGAAAAACCUGCGCAUCGACGACUCCACCAUCCCAGGCGCAGGAAAGGGGUUGUUCGCAUACAAGCAUGUGUCCGCGAGUGUGUACGAUGACGGUGAGCGCGAAAGACUCGAGAAUGCAGUCCUGUUCAAGAGAGGCCAAGUGAUCAUCGAGUACGAUGGGCAGCCCAUCCCUGGCCAAGAAAGACAGAGCCGAUACGGAAACACCAACGCCCCAUACCUCGUUGAACGCCGAAUCGGGCUCAACGCGGGACGAUACGAAGACGGUGCAUGUCGGAGAGGAAUCGGAACUCUCGCCAACCACUCGGACGACACCAACGAUGUCAACGCAAAGCUCGCCCAGGAUAGGGGAGUCGGAGUGGUGCUGAGGGCACUGCGAGACAUUCAUAAUGGAGAAGAGAUAUUUAUUGAUUGCGGGAGUGCCUUUGGGCUGGACGAAGAAGAUGCCGUGUUUGGUACGAAGCGCAAGACCAACACACGCGAGCGACUUGCACGAAGCAGGACAUGAUUUGGGGGUGUCGGGCCUGGUACUCCAUCGUC